GGCAUUAAGCGCAGUUUGUGAGGACAUGCAACUAAUUGUACUGCUGAUGUUGAAGUUCGUGGUUCAAGAUCAGAGUGUGAGAAACUGUAUAUCAGCUCCUUGCUGUAGAUGGUGAUAAGGACAAAAGGCACAUGAUGAGGGGACGUGUGGACGUAUGCACCCCCCUUCAUAUGGUGGAGAUAAGGGUGUACGGCGCAAGUUGAAGAGCAUGUUACUUAGCCUCAUGCUUAUUUGGGGUAUAACGGAAUAACGCACGGACUGCACUUGCUUCUCUGUUACGAUACUUCACGCACCCGAUUUUCAAAGAUCGAGGCUACAUUACUUUAUAGGACUAUCGGUUCAUACAAAGGGUAAUGUGGACAUGUAGACAUAAAAGCAAUAACAGUUAUCAAAAUCGUUGAUAUAGUUACCAUUUCGUGCCUACAGAAGAUAUCGGUAAUUUUAGCGAGUCACGUCUUAAGUAAAUACAGACUUCACAGCGACACAUUUGUUCUUUAACAAUGUCCGUCAACAUAAAGAAUAAUGACUUCAUUGGAGAACUUGAAAAUGUGCUUACACGUUAGUGUCUGAAGAACUGUUAAAUCGUAAUAAGAGCUGAGGUGCGACAUUAAUUUUUUUUAAUUUGUUACUGCAGAUUUCAAGCUUAACAAAUCCCCAGUGCAAGGUCACUCUGGCAUAGUGUUAAAGUGCCCAUGACAUAUUUAUUUGCAAAUUUAACGGCCAUAUGAGCGAACGGCUUAUAGACUGAGUCCCAUUCAAGUAUUUUGUCAGAGUCCUCUCAUAGGGAGCGAUAUCAAGAUCCUCCUUUCCGACACCUGAAAGAGACACUAGGGUGACUCAAUAAUCCUAAAAUGCAAUCGAGUAAAUAGGUUUAAAGUAAAAUUGACCAAUCGAAUGAAACUAUAUAACGCAGGUUUACAACAAACGAUAUUGUUUUUAGUCAAGUAUCAAGAGUUAAAGGAUUGUGAAGAUAUUUCGCUCUUUGCUCAUUUAACAAUAACCAACCUAUCUGCGUAUGUAGAGUUAUAUGAUAAUCAUAGCUCUUGCGCCAAUAUCUUAAUUUUGUUAUAAUACUUAAAGCAAUUAAUUGCUAUGAUGUCUUGUUUUAACAAUUUCGUUUCGACAUGGGCCUUAUUUUGACUAGAUGUUUACAGAGGAAUUAUCAUUAAUAUGCGGUUAUCGGUUUCGUGGUAUUUAAGAGAAAUAUUUUCUUUUUAACGUUAAAAUGUGUUGAGUAUUAUUAGAAGUAACAUUUCAAAAGAAGAACACUGUAUUGGAUUGUUUGCAUAAUCGUCAAUUCCUUUAAAAAGAUAAGUGGAUAAUUUAUAGAUUUGUAUCUGAAAUAAAAUCAACUUGGAUCCGUGCAAACCUUUUCCCGUAAACCAAUAAAGUAACGUUCGAGAACUCAAUUGAAAUUCGGCAAUCAUUUUAAUCAUUGCAAACAGUCUGAUUAUAGAGUUGUAUAUUGAAUAAAAUCGGCUAGGAUGCGUGUAAAACUUAUCAAGGGCGACAAUACAUGUUUGUAAAUGUUUUUAAAUGUUUCGGGCGGCGGGAAAUCUUUGUCUUGCGAACACCUUUAUUAAGAAUGGAUUAUUUAUCAGUAAUAUUAUAAGUGGGGGUGUACACUUAAAAACCAAACAGUCAGAAGCGAUAUGCCGUAAAUUUUAUUUUAUAAAAUAAACAUACAGUAUAUCGGCUUUAAAAAAUAGUUCUUAAAUUUUGUUUUGAGCGUUCACAACAUUAUCACCAUAUUAAAGUUUCUUUCAUAUUGUCAAAUGGAAAACAUUUCGCACAUUGGCCCGACACAUAAACGAAAAAUAGUUAACAAAUUAGAAGUAUUCUACUUUUUUCAACAAAUGCAAAAUCGUAUUUCGAUGAGAAUCGAGUGAAAAAAUAUUUAUGCGAUUUAUUUGGCAAAAAAAAUCAAUAACUAUUUGUAUCGAAACGUUCGACCUACUCUCAUGUACGCCUUUUUUAACUUUUCGGAAUUUAAAGUGUUAUGAAUCUAUAGUUUACUGUGAUUACUUUUUUUUCAUUGUACUUUAUAGACAUUUUGAUACCUGUCAUUCAGUGAAUAACGUAAAAAAGUUUAUUUUCGCUUAAACAAUGUUUGUGACACACAUAUACAACCACAUUAAAAAAUACAGCACUUUGUACAUAGCCACUCUUGAAAGUGUUAUAAAGACAUUAAGAUACAAACAUAUAAUUAGUAUACAGCUUAAGGAAAACCCCAUGAAAAAAAUGGAAACAUACAAGACUGGUGUGCACGCGGAAAGGGUGAAAACACAUAUCAUUACACAAACUGUAAACUUGUAAAAGUAAGUAUUAUUAGGAAGAAAGAGGUUAUUUAGAUUAUUUCUACACUUUAGAUUAUCUACAUAAUUAAACGAUCAAUUACAACGAUCAACGUUACAAUGUGUCUUUACUCUUCCGUCUUCGAUGAACACAAACACAUACACCGUGUCGCUACUUCGGCGUGAAGUAUAACACUUUGGCUUUGUGUCAAUUAUAGAUAAUGGGAUAAAGAAACAUGACUUUGUUUCAUACUUUAAUAAAGUUUAUAUUUACUGCUGCCGCGAUUUGUUGAUUAUUGGAACUUUGUAGAUACUUACAUAUCUGAUAAAAAUAUAAUACGGCACAUGAAUAAUUUAAACCUAAAACUAUCCUAAUCAGAUCGGUUGUUAUUUCAGCAACGAUGUGUGUUCUGUUUUAUUAAAAACAAUGGCGUCAGAUAAUUUGAGUUAUUCGCGGACUAGUAACGUUGUAAAAACUUUAUGUGAGCCGUGCAUUUCCACCGGAAAAGAAAAUGCCGCUGUUUCAUAUUGUUUGGACUGUGACGAGAAGUUUUGUGACAUAUGUGGGAAUAAUCACACAACAUACAAGGCGAGCAAAAAUCAUAGACUGUGUAAACUAGCGAAAGCGCUACCUUCAGAUGCGGUCCAUCUAAUGAGAGAGCUCACCGCGUGUGCCAGUCACCCGUCUGAAGAGGUUAUAUUCAUUUGUAUAGACGAAGACCAGCCUUGUUGCAACAAAUGUGCUGUUACCAAACACAGAAAGUGUCGGCAAUUAGAAACUAUUGAACAAUGUUUAAACUAUGACGCUGUAAGAGAUGACCAGCGCAACACAAGGCCAUCCAUAAGUUGGUAUGGUGGUGUCAAAAUUCUUGUUAGAUCUAAGAAUCAUGCUUCACGGGAACAUAUGGAUGUUGCAAAUGCAAGAAUUUCUGAAAAGGGAAAUCAGCUAGAAAAACAGUUGGAAGCACUUGUCAAAGACGAAGCUCAACAUAUGGUGUUUGUGGCAGAAAGUCAUGACAAUUUAAAGGAAUACUUGCAAGAAGUACGCUCGAAGAUAGAUUCUGCAUUCAAUCAACUUCAUACACAACUUCCGGCUCAGUAUAAUGCUCAAGCCCAGGCGCUCAAUCAAAGGAUUCAGCAACAGCAAACAACAGCAGAUUCUCUCCGUGAUAAAAUUCAGGAAUAUCAAGAGAAAUUGAGAUAUGUUAAAAAACAUGGACAAGAAAAACACAUGUUCCUUCUUUGCCGUGAGAUUGAUCAAGCUAUGAAAAGUGUAGAAGAAGAUGUCAGGACACUAGAGAAUAACAAGACAACUUCGACAAUUGAUGUAAGAGAGUAUAUUUCAAUAGAUACUAUAGCGAAUAAUAUUAUAAAGUCGUUGAUAGUUAAGAAAAACAAACCAGAUAAUCGUAGAAAAGUAGAAAAUAGAGAGUCAGUAAAAGUACGUAAGUUAACAGGGGAACAGCCUGAGAACAACAUGUCGGACGAUUGUGAUUGUUGGUAUUAUUGUGAGUAA